UUGCCCCUCUACGAGGAGGACAGCUCUUGCUAUCUACCUACGUAUAUCGUUAGCUCUCCCAGUUUAGGCCGGUUCAGACGAAGUGCGGAGCCCGGUGCGGUCGCGUUGCGUUCCAUCGCUAUCUCGCGUAUCAGUCUACGCGAGUUGCCCGGCGGGUGAAGGUUGACAAGAGACCGACCGAUCACGGCCUCUCUGCCUACACGGCACUUCGACCUACCUGCCUGUCUACCUGUCGACCAAAAAGCAAUCGAUAACGAUCGCCGCGAUGAGUGUACGCGGCAAGCAAGUGCAAAAUGGUACCUACGAGUUCGAUUACAUGCGAGUACCUGAUACGAGAACGCGUUGGAAGAUAUUUCGCGAUGGUAUUUACAAUCCGCAAGAAGGAACGUAUUGCGGUCACCCGCCGAAAAAAUGGGGCAUGACUGUUAUCUUCUACGCUUGCUUCUACGCCGGACUGGCGAUACUCUUCACCAUUUGCAUGAAAGGCAUGCUCGCCACGUUGAGCGACGAGAAACCCAAAUGGACCUUAAGCGGCAGCUUAAUAGGCACUAAUCCAGGCUUGGGCUUUCGACCGAUGUCGGACAACCCGGAUGAAAAAUCGCUCAUUUGGUACAGCGCGUCGAAUGAGAGCGAAGUACGAAAGUGGACACAACUCCUAGACAUUUUUUUGGAACGAUAUAUGGAGUCGUCGCUUUUGUCAAACGGCGGUAGAAAUCAGCAGAUCUGCAACUACACUAUGCCGCCGAAGGAGGGUAAUGUAUGCGCGGUCGACAUCAACAAUUGGGGACCGUGUUCGCCGAAUCAGCAAUAUGGAUUCAACAACUCAGCACCUUGCAUCUUUAUCAAGCUUAACAGGAUAUACGGAUGGGUUCCUGAAUACUACAAUGACACGCAAAAUUUGCCGGACGAAAUGCCAGACGAGUUAGUCCAGUAUAUACGCAAUGUCGACGCUUCAUGGUUAAAUACCGUAUGGGUAUCCUGCAAAGGUGAUAAUCCUCAUGAUAGAGAGAGCAUCGGUCCAUUAAAUUAUUUUCCAAAGGGACACGGCUUUCCAGGAUUCUAUUAUCCAUACAAGAAUACAGCCGGGUAUUUAAGCCCAGUCGUCGCUGUCCAGUUCCUUCGACCAAAAAGGAAUCAAAUCAUCAAUGUCGAGUGUCGGGCAUGGGCAAAGAACAUCAAGUAUACCUCGGUUAAAGGCGAAAAGAAGGGUGCAGUACAUUUUGAAUUAAUGGUCGACGAAUGAUCGCAUAUCACGAUCAAGAUCGUUAUAUCAUUCUUGGCAUGCCGUUAUCUCAUAUAGCGUUAUUAUUGCGCAAUUAGGAAAUUUUUUCAAGAUAUAUAAAACAGAGGAAUCCGAACACAUAUCAAAGAGUGUCAAGAUACUGGAUUCCCAAUCACGAUAACGGCCGGUUACUUGAACUAGAAAAAAAAUUAGUAAAUCAAUUAAAGAUUUGUUUUUUGUAGCGUGCGUUAAAGAUAAAAGUAUGCGAUACGUGUAGCUACAGAGAACAAAUUCGUUAUCUUUCUGAAGAUACGUACAAUUAAUCAAUCGGGACUCAAAUUUAUUCAGUUUUAAUCUUAAUAAAAUAAUCUUAAUUGAAUUGUGACAAAAAAGAAAAGUUGUAUCUUGUUGUAAUUUAGAGAUACAUGUAUAUAAAGAGUAAUUGUGGGAGAUGUAUAGAAUGUGUCCGACUUUUGCUCGACAAAAAUGUCGAAUUUCUAGCUCUUACGAAAAUUUGAAAAUUUAGAAAAGAAUUUCAUAAUUGGAAAUGUAAUUCAAAAGUAUUUAUUGCUGCAAAAUAUAAAGAUUUAAAAUUUUUUUAUAUAUUUAAAAGCAGUUCCUAGAGUUUACAUAUUAUAUAGAAAAUUGCGUAGAAAAAAUGUAAGAUUCUAUCAAGAAAUUAAAUAAAAGUUUUCGAGGCUUCCAUAAAAUAUUUUAUUUUAUAUUUAAAUAUAUAUAUAUAUAUAUAAAAUGUUAAAAAUUAAAUAUAUAAGAGAGCAUAAAGAAUAUAAAUAUCAGAAUCUACAAAAAUUAUAAUAGCUCGCAAAAAAAGUAAAUUAUAUAACAUUUCCAUUUCUUAUAUUUGCCUAAGAAAUAGUUACAUUUCAAAAUCUGCAUAUAAAAUUCAAAUUUUAAUAACAAAUUAAAAUUAAGAUAGAAAAUUAAUAUUCAAAAAAUUAGUAAAAAUAAUAAUCAAAUUAUAAUCGUAAAAAGAUGAAUAUAUCAAAAGACUCAAGUUUACGCUGAUCUAAAAAUUUUACGUGAAAUAAAUUGGUGAUCAAAUCUUUUAAAAGAAAAUGGAAAAUCUUUGAAAACUAUUUACAAAAUAUAGAGAAAAAUAUAAUUAAUUCUUCUAUAUAUGUAUCGUUUUUUUUAAGAAACGCAAUUAAAAUUAUACAAUUAUUUUCGAAAUAUUCUGUACAUCUCUUAUUCUUCCAUUGUCUUGUCAAUUAUUUAUAUAUAUCUUCAACAUAGUUGAACAAAAUAUAUGUACGCUCGAAUCGUCAAUGUAUUGAACGAAUAAUUCAUUUAAACAAAACAUUGUGGUACUUAUUAAGAUAUAGGUGUAAUUGUACAAAAUGAAUAAUAUAUCGCGAUUUACAUAGUAAUUAUUUUUUUUUUUAAUAAAUGACAAUUAUGAAAAAUAACCCAACAUACAAGUACAAACUAUUUUUCUUUUUUCAACAAAAGCAAACAUCGUAUAAUUCUUAAUUUAUUCGUUGCGAUUAUGUAUAAUUGUAUCAAUUUAUUCUUCUUAGCUACUCUCUCUCUCUCUCUCCAUCUCUUCCUCUCUUUUUUUUAUCUUGUAUUAAAUUAUAUAAGUAAAUUAAGAGUAUAUCAGAAUAUAUAAUACUCUUCUCAGAUAUAUGUAUAUCUCUCAUGUUAGAUAUUUUCACGAUAUUAAAUAAAUUUUUUUAAAUUCUAGAUAUAUACAAGCAAUAAUCUAUUAAGGAUAUUAAGUACAUAUAUUAUUCUGUAUUUCUAUGUAUUUCUCUAGUUGUAAAAUUCUUUACACAUAGAAUUUUGAGGAUACAUCAGUGCGCCAUAAUAUAAAAAAUUGUUCUUUUUUACGUUAUUUUGUAGAUUAAAUGUUUCCAGAUUCUUUAACAUUCUUUAAUAUUAACAGGUUUGCUUUUAUUUAUACUAUAUAGCAUUAUACUGUUAUUAACACUAUAAGGGCGUGCUAUUUAUUUUGUGUGUGUGUAUAAUUACUUACACAUAUUAACUUUAAUUCUCCGUUUUUUCAAAAUUAAUUAUAUAUAAAUUAUAUUUUAAUAAAAAUUACACUUGUACUUAAUAUUUGAACUGUCAAAUACAUUGCUCAGUUAUGAGGGUUUUAUUGAUAGAAAGUAAUGCAUAGCGCAGUAUCGAGAUAACUAAUCAGCAUCAUGGAAAAAAGGUAAUAAUACUUGUAAGGUAAUACUACUUGUGAUCGAUUUAAUAUGCUUUUUUAAGAGUGGAUUUUUUGAUAAGAGCUUCUCACGGCAUAUUAUUAGAAUAAUACAAAAUGUAUGUUAUAUCAAAUAUAAUAAAAUGCGCCAUUUAAUUUUUAUAAAUGAUAAUAGAUAAAAAUGAGAAAAAAAUCGCGAUAUUUCUUGUAAUGAUUUGAGCAUAAAAAUGUUAAGAAUUUGUUUUAUAUUUCAAUCUAGACCUUUAAAUAAAAAAAAAAGAAACAAAAAAUA